CCACUACGUGAAAGCGCCACGCCUCUCCUGUGUGUUAAUUUGUGACUCAUCUAUGCAGGAGCAGACGAGGCAGGAUUACUGACAGGAAGAAUACAGACAAUUUGCGAACAUUAUUCAGAUCAUCAUUUACAGAUCAGUGCCAGGAUGGUUGUGCUGUCGAAAGAAUAUGGGUUUGUCGUUCUCACUGGUGUUGCCAGCAUAGUCAUGAUCGGCCACCUCGCCGUGAAAGUUGGCAAAGCCCGCAAGAAGUACCAGAUCAAAUACCCUCAGAUGUACAGCGAUGACCCAGAUACCGGAAAUAUCUUCAAUUGCAUCCAGCGGGCCCAUCAGAACACCCUGGAGAUCUACCCCGCCUUCCUCUUCUGUCUCACCAUCGGUGGCCUGCAUAGUCCUCGCCUAGUCAGUGGACUUGGAAUGACUUGGGUUAUAAGCAGGGAGAUCUACGCAUACGGAUACUCCACUGGAGAUCCUAAGAAAAGGGUGCGCGGGGCGUUCGGGAACGUUGCUCUGCUGGGCAUGAUGCUGAUCGUAGCCAACUUUGGCAGAACCCUGUUGGGCUGUGGUGACUGGGUGUGGUCUGGGAUGAGACCGGGCAUGAGGUUCUCAGCUCCCCUUCCUGCUACCAUUCCCCAGUGAGGUACUGCAACCCCAUCCGACCCCAAUCUAAUAGUAGUAGAAUGUCUCUUGUGGCCAUCCAUACAUGUGUAUGGAAUAUGUAGAAAGACAGAGUUCAGUAAACGUGGAAACGGACAACCACUGCUGUUUGUGCCUCAUUCCAUACCUACACCACCCCAACUCCUCCCUGACCCACUACUGAACACUGACAGGCCCAGAGAACCUUCUGCGACGAACGACAGAGGCGGCACAUGCUUCACCACGUUGAUGAACCUAUUCUUUGUGAGCGUGAUGUUUUAAUAAAUAUAUUUGCCAAAACUGUAUUCUUAAUGAAACAAUGUAUAAAAUGACCAUAAUGACCAUAAUGACUUUAAUACUGGUAUCCAUGGCCAUGUGUGAAAUGUGUGUUUUAAUGCUGGUAUCUAUGGGCGUGUGGGAGAUGUGUGUGUGUGUGUGUGUGUGUGUAUUAGAAAAAGGUUGCCAAGAGGUUAAUAAUGUGUGUGAGGGAUGUGUUUGUCCUCAUUGUUCUGAGCUGCAUACUUGUCCAAAGUUCACACACCACCUCUAAGUCUACAUGCAGGCACAAGAAACACACUAUUAUUACCUUAGCCAUUAGGCAAUUUCUGUCCUUGAUUUGUUGAAUAUGUUUGGAUUAAGGCUGGGGACUGUACUAAGUAACAAUACAAUAACUCUCUGAA